AUGGUCGUGAAAGCAAUAAAACAGCUGUCAAUCCCUCGCAAUGGGAUUGGUGCCUAUGUCUUCCCAUGUAAGAAGAUUACGUUGCAGUAUUGUAAUUGGGGAGGAUCCUCUGAGGGAAUGAGAGAGUUUCUAACUUCCAAGAGGUUAAACAGCUUGGCAAAGAAAUACCCAUUUAUACAGUUUAAUAUCUUGAAGAAAUCAGGACAUCCAUUAUUGAGGGCGGAAUACACAAAUAAUAGAGAGAAAGUUGUAUGUGUGAGAAAUUUAAACAUAGAUAAUAUUGAAAACAAACUAAAACUACUUAAGGAUUCUGGUGGUGAUAUUUUAAGAAGAAGAACCAAGAAUGAUAAUGUCGAAACUUUGAACAAUAGUGUUAGGGGUAUUUGGUCCCCAAUUCAUGCAGCAUUCAAGCAUAAGAUAUAG